AUGCGAGCAAUUCUAUCUUCAUUCGUAAUUGUGAUUACAUUUUUAUCAUCGUUGAUAUCAGCAGAAACUCAUACAUGGUAUUUCAAAACUGGUUGGGUAGAUGCAAACCCAGAUGGGGUUUUUCCUCGUAAAAUGAUUGGGUUUAAUGGUUCUUGGCCUUUGCCUACAUUAAGAGCCAAAAAAGGUGAUAGAAUUCAAUUAUACUUAAUUAAUGGCUUUGAUAAUUUGAAUACUACUUUACAUUUUCAUGGAUUAUUUGUUCAUGGUGCUAAUCAAAUGGAUGGUCCAGAAAUGGUUACUCAAUGUCCCAUUCCUCCUGGUGAAACCUACUUGUACAACUUUACUGUUGAGGAUCAAGUUGGAACUUAUUGGUAUCACAGUCAUACCGGGGGUCAAUAUGGUGACGGUAUGAGAGGUGUCUUUAUUAUCGAAGAUGACGAUUUCCCAUAUGACUAUGACGAAGAAGUUGUUUUAACGUUGAGCGACCAUUACCACAAAUAUUCCGGGGAUAUAAUGCCUUCCUUUUUAACUAGAUUUAAUCCAACUGGUGCGGAACCUAUUCCACAAAACUUUUUGUUUAAUGAAACAAGAAAUGUUACGUGGAAAGUUGAACCAGGAAAGACAUACCUUGUUAGAAUUCUUAAUGUUGGGGGAUUUGUUUCACAAUACUUGUGGAUGGAAGAUCAUGAAUUUACUGUUGUUGAGAUCGAUGGUGUUUACGUCGAAAAAAACACCACUGACUUAUUAUAUAUUACUGUUGCUCAAAGAUAUGGGGUUUUGAUUACCACAAAAAACUCCACUGACAAGAAUUAUGCUUUCAUGCAACGCGUUGAUGAUACUAUGCUAGAUUCUGUUCCUGCUGAUUUGCAAGUCAAUGGAACCAAUUACAUUGUGUACAAUGAAGAUGCCCCAUUACCUGACGAAUAUGAUAUCGACUCAAUCGAUGAUCCCUUGGAUGAUUUUUAUUUAAAACCUUUGAGUAAACAAAAGUUGAUGGAUGAUGCUGAUUAUACCAUCACUGUUGAUGUUCAAAUGGAUGUCUUGAACGAUGGGGUCAAUUAUGCUUUUUUUAACAAUAUUAGUUACAGAGCACCAAAAGUCCCAACUUUGUUGACUGUUUUAAGUGCUGGUGAUGCUGCCACCAACGAAUUGAUUUAUGGUUCUAACACCAAUAGUUUUGUGUUACAAGGUGGAGAUGUUGUUGAUAUUGUAUUAAAUAAUUUUGAUACUGGUAAACAUCCAUUCCAUUUACACGGACACAUUUUCCAAUUAAUUGAAAGGCACGAAGCUGUAGAUAGCAAGGAAGAUCCAGUUACCUUUAAUGUUACUGAUCAUGCUGAUUGGCCAGAGUAUCCAAUGAUGAGAGAUACUGUUUACGUUAAGCCUCAUUCUUACAUGGUCUUAAGAUUUAAAGCUGACAACCCAGGUGUUUGGUUUUUCCACUGUCAUGUUGACUGGCAUUUAGAACAAGGAUUGGCCAUUGUUUUGAUAGAAGAUCCUCAGGCUAUUCAAAAGAAUGAAAAAAUUACUGACAACCACAAACGUAUCUGCGAAAAAGUUGGUGUUCCAUGGGAAGGUAAUGCUGCCGCCAACAGUAAUGAUUACUUAAACUUGAAAGGUGAAAACCUCCAAGUAAAAAGAUUGCCUACAGGAUUUACCACCAAAGGAAUUGUAGCACUAGUUUUUUCAUGUGUUGCGGCAUUCUUAGGUUUAGUCACGAUUGCUUUCUAUGGUAUGAAUGACAUUGCUCAUGUCGAAGAAAAAGUUGCCAGAGAUUUGGAUGUUGACUUGGAAGAUGAAAAUGAGGAUGAAGAAGAAGCAAUAAUUGUGAACGAGAAUUCGUCUUCUUGCGAAAGCAACUCUAAGCCACAUUAA